AAGGUGACGUAAUGCCCAGGGAGCUGCAGCCGGCCGGCGCUGUGACUUCGCUCCGCCGCUUCUACGCUGCGAAUUUAACGUAGAACAAAAAUCUUUGCUUCCCUCUUUUCGUUUUUGCAUUUGGAUUUUUGCUCCCUGGCGGUGCAUUAGCUCGAAUGCGCGUGUCCGGGGGGAGAUUGGGGACUGCUCGGGGCUGAAGCGGGCUGGAUUGGGAGCGGGGGAGCCCGGGUUGUCUGUCUGUCAUGGGCUUGGAGUGCGGUGACACAUCGGCCACUAUUGUAUCCGCCCGCCGCCCGCUGUAACAUUGUAGCCGCCGCUCAGCCCCAGCUCAGCAACCCCCGGCUGCAUCUCCCUCAACCUACCCGUCUGCACCUCAAGGAACCGGUCGCUGUGAGUCGGAGAGAGAGAAAAAGGCAAGAUGUCUGGGGCAUCCGUCAAGGUGGCUGUCCGUGUGAGACCCUUUAACACUCGGGAGAUCAACAAGGAAUCCAAAUGCAUCAUUCAGAUGCAAGGCAACAUCACCACUAUUUUUAACCCGAAGAAUCCAAAGGAUUCACCAAAGACCUUCAGCUUCGAUCACUCGUACUGGUCCCAUACUUCGCCUGAAGAUCCAUCCUUUGCGUCACAGAGUCAAGUCUACAAUGACAUUGGCAAAGAAAUGCUGCAGCAUUCCUUCGAGGGUUACAAUGUGUGCAUUUUUGCAUACGGGCAGACCGGGGCCGGGAAAUCCUAUACGAUGAUGGGAAAACAGGAUAAAGACCAUCAAGGAAUAAUCCCACAGCUUUGUGAAGACCUCUUUGAAAAAAUAAACGACAACAGCAAAUCUGACAUGUCCUACUCAGUGGAGGUGAGUUACAUGGAGAUUUAUUGUGAGAGGGUUCGGGAUCUGUUGAAUCCCAAGACCAAAGGAAACCUGCGGGUUCGAGAGCAUCCAUUGUUGGGUCCUUACGUUGAAGACCUUUCCAAACUGGCUGUUACGUCGUACACGGAUAUUGCGGAUCUCAUGGAUGCCGGGAACAAAGCCAGAACUGUAGCAGCAACAAACAUGAACGAGACCAGCAGCAGAUCCCACGCUGUCUUCACCAUAGUUUUUACACAGAAGAGGCACGAUGUGGAAACUGACCUUUGUACAGAAAAGGUCAGCAAAAUUAGCCUGGUUGAUCUGGCUGGCAGCGAGAGAGCAGACUCCACCGGGGCUAAAGGAACAAGAUUAAAGGAAGGAGCAAAUAUCAACAAAUCACUCACAACAUUGGGAAAAGUCAUCUCUGCCCUUGCCGAAGUGGAUAAUGCUCCCAGUAAGAGUAAGAAGAAAAAGAAGACUGAUUUUAUUCCGUACAGAGACUCUGUGCUGACGUGGCUUCUGAGAGAGAAUUUGGGUGGGAACUCACGGACUGCAAUGGUUGCUGCCCUCAGUCCAGCUGACAUUAACUACGAUGAAACUCUCGGCACUUUAAGAUACGCGGACCGUGCGAAGCAGAUCAAGUGCAACGCGGUGAUCAACGAGGAUCCAAAUGCUAAACUGAUCCGGGAGCUGAAGGAUGAAGUCACACGAUUGAAGGACUUGCUCUGCUCCCAGGGCCUCGGCGAUAUCUUAGACAUUGAGCCAAUGCCUGAUGAUUACUCUGGAAGUGGAAUCAAAUAUUUGAAAGAGAUACAGAACAGUAACCAUAAGUACAAACUAGCCUCAGGAAAUCAAAGGCCUGGCCAUUUCUCCACAGCGCCAGUGGGCUCACUAGCAGCCUCGCCAUCUUCCACCUCGCUGAGCAGCCAGGCAGCUAUUCAAUCCGUGACCAGCCUGCAAGAGCGGAUAAUGUCUACUCCCGGCGGCGAAGAGGCCAUUGAACGCUUAAAGGAAUCUGAAAAGAUCAUCGCUGAGCUGAAUGAGACUUGGGAAGAAAAACUUCGGAAAACCGAAGCAAUUAGGAUGGAAAGAGAGGCUCUUUUGGCUGAAAUGGGAGUCGCUAUACGUGAGGAUGGAGGCACCCUGGGAGUGUUCUCCCCUAAAAAGACGCCGCAUCUUGUGAACCUCAAUGAAGAUCCUCUCAUGUCCGAGUGUCUGCUGUACUACAUUAAAGAUGGCACCACAAGGGUUGGCCAGGCAGAGGCACAGAGACGCCAGGAUAUUGUUCUCAGUGGAGCCCACAUCCGAGAGGAACAUUGCAGCUUCAGGAGCGACAAGAAUCAAACUGGAGAAGUUAUCGUGACGUUGGUGCCUUGUGAAGGAUCUGAAACCUAUGUGAAUGGCAAACGCGUCAUCAAUCCAGUAAAAUUACGUUCAGGGAAUCGCAUAAUAAUGGGCAAGAAUCACGUUUUCCGAUUCAACCAUCCAGAGCAGGCGCGCGCUGAGCGGGAGAAGACCCCGUCUGCUGAGACCCCGGUCGAACCCGUUGACUGGGCCUUUGCCCAGCGAGAACUUCUUGAAAAACAAGGCAUUGAUAUGAAGCAGGAGAUGGAGAAAAGACUUCAGGAAAUGGAGAUCUUGUACAAGAAGGAGAAAGAGGAGGCAGACCUACUUCUGGAACAACAGCGCUUGGACUAUGAAAGUAAACUGGAAGCGUUACAGAAGCAAGUGGAAACCCGCUCUCUAGCUGCAGAAACAACUGAAGAGGAAGAUGAGGAGGAGGAAGAGGAGGAGGAAGCACACUGGACCCAGCAUGACUACGAGCUGGCUGAGUGGGCAUUCAGGAAGUGGAAGUAUCACCAAUUCACAUCCCUACGGGACUUGCUUUGGGGCAAUGCCGUCUACCUGAAGGAGGCGAAUGCUAUUAGUGUUGAGCUGAAGAAGAAGGUACAAUUCCAGUUUGUGCUGCUCACAGACACGCUAUAUUCGCCGCUUCCUCCUGAAUUACUCCCUGCUGAGGCAGAGUUGGAUCGGGAAGCCCGGCUGUUCCCCAGGACUGUGGUUGCGGUGGAAGUACAGGAUCUGAAGAAUGGCGCCACGCAUUAUUGGUCUCUGGAAAAACUCAAGCAAAGGUUGGAACUGAUGCGUGAGAUGUACGAUCGUGCUGGCGAAAUGGCCUCCAACGCACAGGAUGAGAGUGAGAACGUCAUGACGGGCAGCGACCCAUUCUACGACCGCUUCCACUGGUUUAAACUCGUGGGAAGUUCCCCAAUUUUCCACGGCUGUGUGAACGAGCAUCUUGCUGAUCGCACACCCUCGCCCACCUUCUCCACAGCUGACUCUGACAUCACUGAGCUUGCUGAUGAACAACAGAGCGAGAUCGAAGACUUGGAUGACGAGGCCUUUGUGGACGACACUAGCUCAGAUCUGGGCAAUGAAGAGGGCUCUGACAUCUUCAGCGAUGGACAGGAUCCAUUUUAUGACCGGUCCCCCUGGUUCAUUUUAGUGGGAAGAGCAUUUGUUUACCUCAGCAAUUUGCUGUAUCCCGUCCCUCUUGUUCACAGAAUUGCUAUAGUUAGUGAGAAGGGAGAGGUCCGGGGGUUCCUCCGAGUGGGGGUUCAGGCCAUCACAGCUGAUGAAGAGGCCCCAGAUUAUGGAUCGGGCGUGCGUCAGUCCGGGACUGCUAAAAUCUCAUUCGACGAUGAGUACUACAGAGAGAGUGGCAUUUCUUCCAUGGUAAUGUCACGCUCGGGGCUGUCGCUGGAGGAACUCAGGAUUGUGGAAGGGCAAGGUCAAAGCACAGAUGUGGUAACCCCAUCAGAGGAGAUGAACAGAUUCAACGAGUACGAUUUUAAAUCAAGUACGGAAUUGGACCCCAAGUUAUCUUCCGAGGUGAUAUCUGAUGAAGGCGUUGAACAUCUAAAAAUCGGCAGUGUUUUCACUUUCCGGGUGACGGUGUUGCAAGCCAGUGGGAUCCCGGCUGAAUACGCAGACAUCUUUUGUCAGUUCAAUUUCCUACAUCGCCAUGAUGAGGCCUUCUCCACGGAGCCCCUAAAGAACGGCGGUCGAGGAACACCCCUCGGUUUUUACCACGUACAGAACAUUGCUGUCGAAGUAACGGAAUCCUUCUCUGAAUACAUCAAGACCAAGCCCAUUGUGUUUGAGGUGUUUGGACAUUAUCAGCAGUACCCUUAUUAUUUCCAAGGACAGGAUUUUAUCAGAACACCACAACCAGCACGCAAAUAUUUCCCUCCUCCGAUGCCUCUCUCAAAACCAGUUCCAGCCACCAAGGUGAAUGCCGUGAGCAAGCCCAGCCGGGGGCAAUGCGUUAGCAAGUACGACCUCCUCGUCUGGUUUGAGAUCAGCGAGCUGGAGCCGACAGGAGAAUACAUCGCUGCAGUUGUGGAUCACAGUGGAGGGAUGCCCUGUCAAGGCACUCACCUGCUUCACCAGGGAAUUCAGCGCAGGAUUACAGUCACUAUCGUGCAUGAGAAGGGCAGUGAACUUCACUGGAAGGACGUUCGAGAGCUGGUUGUCGGACGCAUCAGGAAUAAACCCAAGGUGGAUGAAGCUGCUGUCGAUGCCGUUUUAUCUUUGAAUAUUAUUUCUGCAAAGCAUAUCAAAUCUUCAAAUGACGCUCACAGGCUAUUUCUUGAUUUGGAUUUACCUAGAAGUUUUUAUCGGUUCGAGGCCGUUUGGGACAGCUCCUUGCACAAUUCCCUCCUUCUGAACCGCGUGACUCCAUAUGGAGAAAGAAUCUACAUGACCCUUUCAGCAUACCUGGAGCUGGACCAUUGCAUUCAGCCAGCGGUGAUCACCAAAGAUAUCUGCAUGGUCUUCUACUCCCGGGAUGCCAAGAUCUCGCCUCCACGUUCCCUGCGUAACCUGUUUGGCAGUGGCUACGCAAAGACACCCGACUGUAACCGAAUAAGUGGGGUUUAUGAGCUUAGUCUGUGUAAAAUGUCAGACACAGGGAGCCCUGGGAUGCAAAGAAGGAGAAGGAAAAUUUUGGAUACCUCGGUUGCCUACGUGAGAGGAGAGGAGAAUCUGGCCGGUUGGAGGCCCCGUGGGGACAGCCUCAUCCUGGAACACCAGUGGGAGCUGGAAAAACUGGACAUCCUGCAUGAGGUUGAGCGGACUCGCCAUCUCCUGCUGCUGAGGGAGAAGCUGGGUGAAGCGCCGCCCAAGUCUCUCUGCGACUCCAUCUCUCCGAGUAUGAGCAGUGGCACGCUCAGCACCUCUACCAGCAUCUCCUCCCAGAUAUCCACCACCACCUUCGAGAGCGCUGUCACCCCCAGCGAGAGCAGUGGGUACGACUCUUCGGACAUCCAGAGCCUGGUGGACCGUGAGAAGGAGCUGGCGACCAAGUGCCUGCGACUUCUAGCACACACCUUUAACAAGGAACUGAACCAGGUGUGCAGUAGCAUCAGUGACAGUAAGCUGUCGGAUGUCAACUCCCCCAUCGGUCGCGAUGCAUCGGUCUCCAGCUUCAGCAGCAGCACACUGACCCCUUCCUCCACCUGCCCGUCACUCGCAGACUCCAGGUGUAACUCGGUCGACCAGAAGACUCCUGAUGCCAACACUAGAUCAUCCAGUCCCUGCAUGGAGUUUGAUGGCUUCCCUAUGGUUACGCGAGUGGAAACCUCAUACUUGGCCAGAGCUGGGAAGAAUGAAUUCCUGAACCUUCUUCCUGACAUUGAAGAGAUCAGAACUGGCCCUGUGGUGUCAAAGAAGGGAUACCUGCACUUCAUGGAGCCACAGUCUAAUUCUUGGGUGAAACACUACGUUGCUAUCCGGCGUCCCUACGUGUUCAUGUACAACAGCGACAAGGACCCCGUGGAGCGAGGAAUUCUGAACCUGUCCACUGCCCAAGUGGAGUACAGUGAAGACCAGCAGGCAAUGCUGAAGACGGCUAAUACAUUUGCAGUGUGCACAAAGCAUCGUGGAAUCCUGCUGCAAGCAAGCAAUGACAAGGAUAUGUAUGACUGGUUGUAUGCUUUUAAUCCACUGCUGGCCGGUUCAAUCAGGUCGAAACUCGCUCGAAGACGUUCAGGGCAACCGACAGUGUGAAGGCCAACCUUCUGCGGAGAGCAAGAAAUGACGUGGAUAUUCUGACUUGCCCUCUGAACAUUCAAGUGUUGCUGUUACCCUUUGUGAUCCUUGACUAUUUCUCCCGUACAUGUAGACCUGUGGCUUAACCUCUGUCUGAGCACCUUUUUUUAUUUUCUAGUUCACAGAAUGCUUUUCCGUUACAUCCGUCCCAAUCUGGUAGUAGCAUGUUGUAAACUAGUCGAGUGCCAGCACGAUUAACCACUUCCCUCCACUCUCCUGCUGUUUCUCUCGUGUCUGUAGGAUGUCAUUGUCUGUGCUCCCUAGCGAAAUGCAGCCUCUGGACUGUGACUGUGACUGCAUGAUAACCACAACUGGCACCAGGCUGUAAGUUGAGGCAGGACAGAGAGGGGCAGACUCCUGCCCGAUGAGUGAUGUUAUAGGGUAGCUGUUCCUUUCAGGAACAGGGUUGUGCGUGUGUGCUGGAAUAUUGUUUCCUGAUCCCCGGUACUUGGGAAUGUUGCAGUUACCAGGGAGGCAGCAGCUGUGAACUUGGCGGGAUUACGCUGGUCUAGUGUGGUAGAGGGUGAGACUCAUUCUGGGGAAACAUUGUCCCUCUACACAUGAUGAGAAAGCGAGCGGCUUUGAACAGAUGACUCACUUUUAACAUAUGACUCGCUAAUCAGUGGCGUUGCAGGAUAGCACUGAGAACUACCAGGGAAAACAAUCGAAGUUCUACGCCACUGUCCACACAGAAGCUGGGGUGUUGGGGCUCUCCUUGCCCUGUCCAUGUUUGCUUUGAGUGUGCUUGAGUGCCUACCUACAGGGACAUGUUUGCCAUGGGCCUCUCUGUACGCAACGGCUGGACUUGGCCGGCAAUGCAUGUAUGUGACUGAGGCUUGUUGAAAAGAUGCCUGUGUUAUUUCAGUGAGGGAGUGUUCUUUGGAGGGUAGUCAUCGCGGGUCGGGAGGAAUGUCCUGAAAUAGCUGACCGCCACGCCAAAUGGGGAACUGGAAAUGCUCCGCAACUCAUGCACCAAGCUGCAUUUCCCUCAUACUCGCACAUGUCCCAGAAACAACGUUGUUUUUUAAAUCUGCUAAGUCGCAUUAAGGUGCUUAUCCACUGCCAUCCCCUUGUCUUGCUGAGUAACCUGCAGCUUAAGCUACUAUUCUGAAAGGAAGAGGCAACUUAGAAAGCAACAGGAUACAAAGUUGGACCAGGGUUUCAUUGAAGGUACAAAUCUGUACCUGGAUCUAACUGAGUGAAUGCAAGGCAGAUGUUUCAAGGCCGAGGUUCUGGGUUUGGAGAUGUCAUGAGAUGUUCUUCAAAGAGUUGCCGCCUUGACAGUUUAGCUGGGAGCUGGGUUUGUUGCAGAUUAUCCCCCUGUCUUCACACAUUCAUAUUCUUUCCCAAAUUUUCACAACCUAUUUAUUGUCUCCCUGGUCAAUGAAGAAUCCUUCAGGUAUCACCCACGCAUCACUUGCCAAAUGCCUUCUCCCAAACCCAGCAUGUGACAAGCUGGCCACCGAUCAGGCAAUUGCAUUCCAGUAUUUCUCAAAUCUCUUUGCAUUUGCCCCCUCCCCCCCUUGAAUGUAUCGCCAAAAGCAAUCCCUCCAACUUGCAUAGCUGCCUAACGACUGAUUGAAACAAAAAAUGAUAUUGGAGAUACUCCAUCACUGAGGAUAUAUAGGCUGAGGGCAUUGCAAUGAAUGACAUGAAAACAGAAUGGUACAUGUUCAUUCUUCAAAAGGUAGAAACAUUCAGGGCUUGGCAAUAUUGUGGCAUCCUGCUAAACUGUUGUGGCAGGGAAGUGUAUCUGGCUCAUGACUUUGGCUUCAUGACAGGUUCAAAGCCCUCCAUUCAUUGUAGGACGUUAAUUGCCUGAUUGUUGCCAGAUAAGGAAUUGCAAUACAACCACCUACAAUGCUUUCUGUGUGACUCACAUUUCCCCAGUAUUGACACAGACAAUGGAACUUGACUUCACUGAGCAUUUAUGGCCAAGUGUAGUUAACAGACCCACAUCACUGCUAAUUAUCGUACAGUAUGUAUGCACUUUUUCUUAUGUCACUGAAGGUCAUGAUUUCCACGGUAGCGUUUGAUCAAAAUGGAUCCUGUGAUGUUGUCAACUGGACUUUCAUGGAACAAUUAUCGGGAGACCAAGCUGCUUUAGUUACUGAUCGGCACUGAUUUACUUGAGUAGAAAUGAAGGAAAUAUUUUGAACAUUUUAGGGUAAUGAGGGAGGGGCCAUUGUGAUUGAAUUGUUUACUACAAGAGUUACCGGGAUGGAAGUUGUUUUGGUAAUUCGCUUGGAAUUUGCCAACCUCACUUUUAUGGUGCACUUUUUACAGUUUUGUUUUCUUCUGCUCCAAUCCCAGUUCAAUCUUUGCUCUGAACCUGAGAAACAACACUCUUGUCUAAUCCUAGAAACUGGAUUUUCAAUCCUUAAUUAGUAUCCGAUUCCAUAAAUUCUAGCUUGACUUUACCUGCUAUCACCAGCUUUUUUAAAAGUUGAACUUAUAAUUGAAAUGAUCCAUCGUAGAAAGGUUGAAGACAAGUGCAUAUUUAUUUUUAUUAGUCUGGAAGCAUCAGGGAAUCGAUACGUACAGCAUCUGGUGCUUGUUUAACAGGGAAUACGCAUAUCGAUAAAUUCUGUAAACCCAGUAAAUCAAAUAAUAAUAUCCAACUCCAAUAUCAAAUCCAUUCAGAUGGAACAUAACUAAUGUGAAUGGAUCGCAUUAUGUCCUUCAAUGCACUCAUCAUCAAUGCUUGGAUACCUUUAAUGUACAUUACCUGUGGACCUGUAAUUAAGCAUUGGGCUCACAGAUGGAUUAGGGCACAGAAGAAGACUAUUUGUGUCUAUCUUUUUAAGCAUUUAUCUCAAGACGCCUAAAUGUGUCACCAUAUCUCCAGUCCACCCAGCUUCAUGUUUAAUUGGCCUUGGGCCCUUUGUCUAAGCUACAGAAACCUCCUGAAUGGACAGGAGAGCAUGACUGAGGCCGGCAAACCUACAGAUCAUGGUGUUCACUGAUGUAACGGUACAAGUGCCCGCGGUCACAUUCGAACCUGCUAAACGUAGAUUAGUGCGCAUAAUGAACCUACCCCUUGAAAACACAAGCACGUUAUUUUAUAGUUUAAAUUAAUCCCUUUUUUAUGUUGCAGGCUUUGCUUAAGGUGAAAUAGUAUUUUGCUUUAUUUCUGUCAAGACAUUCUAUAUGUCCCCGUACCUCAGAAGUAUUUCCUCAUGAGACUUGCAUUAAAAUUGGUCAAGUCUCGAUGAAGGAAUGAAAGGGAUAGCUUUUACAUUACAGUCUCCAAAGUAAAAUAGAUGACAUGAAACUAGAAGCUGGUAAAAUUGAGCAAAUAUGUCGCCGAGUCUUUGACUGCAGAAUGACAGCCGGCGUCUGUGCAAGGUUUUGUAGAUGUAAUCCAUUGCAGCACACGUGGUGUGAAGAACGCAAGGCAAAUGAAGUAAGCUUGUCUCGUUGACUCAAUGCAUUGGGUGUCUGAAGCCAGCCAGCCUACAGAACAUUCAGUGAGCUGUCUGUGCCAGAGGCUAAGCAACCUCCAGAGCAUAGGCAACAGCAGAGUCGAUUGGGACAAAUAAUUGUACCAUAUAAUGGUCAGUGAUUGCUUCAAUGCCUGAAAAAUAAGACUGCUCAACUUCCAUGCACUGAGCCACUGGAUAUUUAAACCCAUUGCAGCAUGCUGAGGUUGUACCUCAGGUUCCCAUUCUUGGUCUGAAGGUGAUAAGCAGCAACAGGCAUGAAUUAAACAUGCAGGAUUAGUGAGCUGGAGGACUUCACUGGACGCAUGAAAUGGCAUUUGAAUGUCUUACAUUUUUUCCCUGUUUCCAGCUGCCUCCUGGGUGAACAACAUGAGUUCUGCAGGAGUGCAAAUAAAUCAAUGAAGAGCUGCAUUGAUAACAUAUACAUUUCUAUUAGAGACGCAGUAAUAUCCCACCAUGCCCGCGUAGUGUUCACACCAACAUAAAUAAUAAUGCUUCCAAUAUUUUAUAACCAUGACUUUUUUAAAUAUUGAAUCUUAUUAAAUUAAAUCAAUAGUUUGAUAAAUCAGGGUCUAUUUUACUUCUAUAGUUUAAUUAGAUUUACCAAAUAAAUAAUACCAAUAUAUUCGUACAUGUUCCAAAAAGAGUUAUUUAACCUGCAAUGAUGUUAGAUUGGGUGAGAAAAGUAAGAUAGUGGAUUGAUUUAAAACAUACCUGAUUAUGUUCACUUUACUAAACAGAAAUCCUUUCCUUUAUCUUCUGCCAAUCUCAAGUUUAGUAGAAGUAUAUAUUCACAUUUUAUAAACUUUACAUGGUCUUAACAGCUAGUUUCAGAUUGAAGAUCCAGUUUCAUUCAGGAGCCCAGAAUCUGUUAUCCGUUUGUAUCUUAAAGGGUGUAUAAUAGUUUUAUCAGAGCAAAGAUGUCCUCCCUUCAUCUCCCCCCCUCCCCCCACUAUAUUCUGUGUCAUUGUUAGCUAGUGCAUAACAAAAUGCACUAUUUUUUAAAGAUUUGUUUGCGGUAAGUUGCACACUUAAGGAAGUCGUUGUUACAAAAGAGAAUACAAAUUGCUGUUUAAGAAGGAACUGCAGAUGCUGGAAAAUCGAAAAAUAGCUGUGGGAUUUUGUGUACCCUCUCAUCAUGCUGCCCCUUGGGGUGUGAAAUUGUCACAGCCACUUGGUUUUUGUGGCGGGAAGGAAGAAAACGGUUCCAAGAAAGAUAGAAUUUUUAUUUUUAAUGUCUUUUUUAUUUUUCUGCUUAAUAAUAUUCCAAGUUAGCACUAUUCAUCAAACAAACCUAAUGGUAACAUUGGUUUAUUUUACAUUGUAAAACAAGAAGUGUAAAUCAUAUAACCCACUGGUCAAAUGUGGAAACAAGGAACUGCAGAGGCUGGUUUACGAAAAAAAGACACAAAUUGCUGGAGUAUCUUAGCGGGUGAAGCAGCAUCUCUGUAGAAGAGAGAAAAUGCUAGAACUAAGUGGGUCAGGAAGCAUAUAGUGUCUAUCUUCGGUGUAAACCAGAAUCUGCAGUUCCUUCCGACACACACAGCGUCUCUGGAGAACAUGAAUAGGUGAUGUUUCGGGUCCCGACCCAAAAUGUCACCGAUCAAUGUUCUCCAGAGAUGCUGCCUGACUUGCCGAGUUAAAGAAGUGGUCAGAUCUCCACUGAUACUUCAGCUACAUGGUAGCCAUUGAAAACACUUCAAUCGCACGUUAUUUAUUGGAAGUCAUGCGGAGAGGAAAUUACUUUGUAGAUUUUUGAUUUUGUCCUUUUUUUAAUUAACUUGAAAUUCAACUUGUGUGAAUGAAUGAGUUGCGCAGUCUCGCUCAAAAUAAAACGAGGAAGCAAGGCCAGUGAAAAGGAAGAUAUCAUAGCUGCUGUUGGUAGGUUUACUGAAUGUACUGAAUGUGAUCUGUUUACCUGUGUGUUUUUACUUUAACUUUAGUCUGUGGCUGGUUAACCACAAUCCAAGGUAGCUCGAGAUAAUAUUUUAGUUUGGAUUGCUUUAUUGUGCUUCCUAUCAACACCUGAUCCUUCAGAGGAGUGCAUCAACACUGUAUAUUAUUUAUUAUACUUCAUAAGGGUGGCUACACAUUCAUAAUUUUUAUUUUGUAAAUAUAUGUUGAACCAAGCUUGAGGUAUAAAGACUUAAAUGUAAAUAUUUCAUGUAUUUGUACUAAUUAUAAUCCAUUUGCUGUAUAGCAUAGACGUGUAAAAGAGAUAUCUAAUUCUGUGUAGGGUAAGCUGCCGCUCCGACAUGUUUAGUGAAUGAAGUAACAAUAAAACUACAACCAGAGCA